UCACCGUGGAUACGUGAAUUUUUAACGGACCGGCUCUCUUCUCGACGCGCGCGGUAUACUAUACUGGUUCAGGGAAAAAAUGAGCGAAAGAUAAAAUUCAACUCGGAUAAAAUCGGCCAAUUCUUCACGUUUAAUUUACAGUUACAUUUUCGUUGCCCUACUCUCCUCCGAGCAUAAUCUACGCGCGUUUUACAGCGUGUACGUAGCUAUAAUUCUCUGGUGUCGGGGAAAAGGAACGGAGGAAAAUUGUAGCUGUUUCUUGUUCAAGAGAAAUACAUUUUAUUCAGUAUGCAACGCAUAACACGCGUUCCAUAUUUUUCUGCGUAACAUAGUACAGCUUUUAUCGAGCUCGGAGAUGAACGCCGUGUGAUACUGCGAGAAAAGUAUAUUAGACGGUCCUUAAACGCGAUUCAAACAAUGUAUCACACAGUACGUAUGUCCAAAUAAAAUCGAUCGACGGUGAACGAUCGAUCAUUGUUUGACUUUACCUUCUUGCCAUGUUCACAUUUGACGUAACGUACUUCAGACCAAGGAUUCACCAUAAUUUUGACUUCGAUCGCUAAAGAGAAGAGCCGUGUGUUCUACGAAUAAAGAAAGGGAAAUACUGAAAUAAGAAAGAGUCUUAUACGUUUAAUACGGUUAUACACUGCGACAAAUUCUCCCGUGCGUUUCGUCUCGAGGAGAUCGGCAUCGCGAUAAAACAACACCCAGCUGAUUUCAAGUGUGUUUAUACUACGACCCUCUUAUUUUAUUUACAUUAUCCGUACGGGUGAAACGGAUUUCGCUUCACUUGACGCGUUAGUGUUCAGCAUAGUGAUCGCUAAGGCGAGUGUGAUCCUGAAGUUACGAUUUAAGAAGUAAAAUAAAGAAGAAUCUAAAUCCUGAGGCUUUUGUCGUCAAUCUUGAGGUAAGUAAAAUAUUUUAUUGCUUCGUAUCGUCGUUCUGUCUGCCGAUUCGAGUUCGAUGUAGCAUAUAUGAUGAACUUCGUUCAAAGAAAAAAACAACAUUGUUGUGUUGCGUCGUCGUUAAACGGGUGUGAUUUUUCACGAUCCUGCCCUUUGCGAGAUGCGUCGUUUAGAAUUUCGCAUCGGUAAGAAUGCCCAGUUACAAAGGCGAGAUCAUUAUUCGCGAUCCGAAAAUGAGACGCUGUUAUUCUGAAGUAUAAAAAUGUCACGGCUACGAGUGUAUCAUGUUUACGCGUAGAAACCCGUGUCACAAAAAAACGAUUCGAAAUGUGCCGUUUGUUCGUUACUCGUAAUGAGAACAAUAUUCUCCGUACUCGCUCGGAAGCGUGUGUAACACGAAUCAUGUUCAUACUUCGCUUUGUACGUUUAUUAUGCGAAUUCUGAUCGUUAAUCGAGACAUCCGUAUGAAUAUUGAAUGAUUUAUUGAACAUGAACUUCAGCAAGAUGCAAGCCAAUCCACAAUACACCAGCAAUCCUUCGAAAGGAAUGGGUAGAGGAACAGGAAUGGGACAAAACUGUGAUCAAUGCAUUUGCUUCAGACCAUAUGCAUUCGUUAUAUGCAAUGUUUGUGGUUACUGGACUAAAGGUAGAAUACGUUAUUUCUGCCCUUUUCACCCACAGACAAUCUUCCUGUGCGACAUUACACAGUGUCCACAGUGCAAGUGCUAUUCUCAUAUGCUCAGCGAACACACCAACUGUUCCAAACAGGAUUAAAGUAAAAAAACAACAUGUAGAACGUUGAAAAAUAAUAUAGUUUUUUAUUUCAUUAUUUAAAUAUACAUAGCGACAUACAUAUAUUACUUUGAUUUCCAUUACUCAUUCGGUGUCAGUAUUAUUUGAUAUAGGUAUGACAGUUCAAAAACGAAUAAACGUCGACCAGUUAGAUCAAUUUCA